GUGACUGGUGGGGAGGGGACUCUGGGCCGGGGACGGACGGACGGACGGACGCGCGGAGACCACGGCUGCGGGGCUGCGGCCGGAGAGCACAGGGAAUCUAUGUAGGCAUCUGAAACAAAAAAUAAUAAUAACUACAAAUGAAAUCUACCAAAUAGUAAGGAAUGUAAUACAAAACAGAGCCUGGACUGGAAAAAGAGGAAAAGGAAUUCCUCUGUGGACUGCGGUGACACUCAGAGAAAUCAGCGGGAAGAACUUCCAACAAUCUAGGCCUUGCUUGUAGAAAAGGGCUGUGUUGCCCAGUGGGCAGCAGCCUUGGCUUGACCAGGAAGAAUGAGAAAGAAUGUGUCCUUUUUUCUGAUGGUUCUCUUUGUGGUCGCAAUAAUGGGAUACCCCUCCAGGCGCUCUGCUAUGGAUUUGGAUGCCACGCCCCGUAUGACAAUUGUCUAUAAUGAUUUGACUGCUGCAAGGCGUUUUAGCAGCCGUGCCCAGAAUUACACCACCCUCCUGCUAGAAGAUGAGAAAGGAAUUCUUUACGUAGGAGCCAGAGGGGCCAUAUUUUCCUUAAAUUCCAGCAACAUUGCUGAUGGCUCCCAUCAGAGAAUGGAUUGGGAGGCCUCUCCUGAGAAGCGGGCUGAUUGCCUGAAAAAGGGCAAAAACAACAAGACUGAGUGCUACAACCAUGUCAGGCUUUUGCAGCGGCUAAAUGCAACCCACCUGUAUGCCUGCGGCACGUAUGCCUUCCACCCGCUCUGCGCAUACAUAGACACCAGCACGUUCAGGCUACCCUCUCACUUCGAGGAAGGGAAGGAAAAAUGCCCGUAUGACCCUGCCCAGGGCUACACAGGUCUCAUUGUGGAUGGCAAUUUAUAUACAGCAACGCGCUACGAAUUCCGCAACCUGCCAGACAUCCGGCGCAACCAGCACCAGCGGCUUCUGAGGACGGAGGAAUCCCCCUUGCACUGGCUGAAUGAUGCUGAGUUUGUCGCCUCCGUGCUUGUCAGGGAGAGCGUCCUGAGCCCUGUGGGGGAUGAUGACAAGAUCUACUACUUCUUCACUGAGCGAGCUGGAGAGGAGAGCACCUCUGUGUUUGACAAGACGCCAGCGCCCAGGGCAGCCAGGGUGGCUCGAGUGUGUAAGAACGAUCUUGGAGGCAAGAAGAUCCUUCAGAGGAAAUGGACCUCCUUCAUGAAAGCCAGGCUAGCCUGCUAUGUCCCCUACUAUGAGGUCCUCAAGGAUGUUUACAGCCUGGAUGGUGGUGACUGGCAAAGCACCGUCUUCUACGCAGCCUUCACGUUAUCUGCCCAGUGGAGGAGCAUGGAGGUGUCCGCCAUCUGCCGAUACAACGUCUCUGAGGUGCGGGCAGCCUUUGAAGGGACUUAUAUGGAAUACCAGGACUCCUCCCGCAAGUGGUCCCAGUACAAUGGGGAUGUGCCGGAGCCCCGGCCAGGAUCGUGCAUCACCAAUCGUGCUCGCAGGCGCGGCUACAACACCUCCCAGGACCUGCCCAACAACGUGCUGGAUUUCAUCAAGCUCCAUCCGCUGAUGUACGAAGAGGUGAAACCUGCCGACGGAGGGGCCCUGCUGGUGAAGAGAAAUGUGAUCUAUACCCAAGUAGCGGUAGACAGAGUCCGGGCCCUGAACGGGCAAGAGUAUGACGUGCUCUUCUUGGGAACAGGUAACGGCUGGAUUCACAAGGCUGUGGUCAUCGGUUCCAUGGUCCACAUCAUAGAGGAGAUCCAGGCCUUCAGAGUCCCCCAGCCCGUGGAGAACCUUGUCAUUUCUAAACAGCAGAGGAGUCUAUACGUCGGGGCCCAGAGUGGAGUCUUGCAGUUACCACUGUCCAGCUGCAGGCGCUACGUCUCCUGCUUCGAUUGUAUCCUGGCCCGGGACCCGUACUGCGGCUGGGACGGCGAGAGCUGCCGAGAACUAGCUGAGACGCUGAAGAGGUCUCUGCUGAUCCAGGACGUGCUGCAUGGCAACAUGGGCUGCUGGAAUGACUCUGCCCAGGCCACAGCCCUGCAGAAGAACCGGACGGUGCUGCGUGGCGACGACGUGCUCUUGCCUUGUGAGCAGGCGUCCAACCUGGCGCAGGCGGCGUGGCUGCUGAACGGCACGGAGGUGGUCAACGAGAAAGGGCAGGCACGCUUCCGCCUCGGGGUGGACGGGCUGCUGGUGACGGACACCCAGCUUGAGGACGGCGGGGAAUACCGCUGCUAUGCCCAGGAGAACGGCCUCCAGGCUCUGGUGGCCACCUAUGCCCUGACGGUGCUGCCCGAGCCGCUGAUGCCACCGCCACCUCCCACAGGGCCGCAUCCGCCUUGGCAGGCCGCCAUCCACGAGUACGGGGACAUGAGGUUUAUCUACAUCUCCGCCAUCACGGUGCUGGGCGGGCUGUGCCUGGUGCUCAGCGUGGUGCUCCUCUACGUCUCCUGCCUGCAAAAGCGCAGGGGGAAAUACAGCCUGGGGGUCCCCCAGGGCUCCAGCGUGGAGCUGCAGACUGUCUCCUCCAGUUGCCUGGGCAAAGGAGGGCAGGAGGAGGAGGGGGAGGAGCUGGGCACCUACCCAGACGGCUGCCUGCAGAUCAUUCCCGGGGAAGCCCCCACCUUGGCCUUGCCGGGAAAGGAGGGACCCCCGCCCCCACCGCCGCCCCCUCCUCCCCUCCCUGCAGAGUUCACCAACGGCCUUGCCGCCUUGCCCAACAUGCUGCGCAAGAUGAAUGGCAACAGCUACAUGCUCCUGCGGCAGAACGAGGAGCCCUGCACGUCGCCGCUCUACAACUCCUUCACGGAGGAGCUGAGCAAGAUCCUGGAGAAGCGGAAACACACGCAGCUGGUAGAAAAGCUGGACGAGAGCUCUGUGUAGGGGCGGGGGGCGGGGAGCCCCCUUGGCCGAACUCAUUCCUCGGACCCCCGUGUGAUUCCUCCUCCCCGGUCCAACAGAACCAGUGUUACGACGCAGCAGCUACCUCCGGAGCGGCCCUCCGGAGCCGCCACAGACUCCGCGCUCAUUUCCUUUUCUGGUUGUUGUCUUUUUGUUGGUUUGUUUUGGCAUUGAUUGUUUCGUUUUCCAAUUGCUGUAAAAAAAAGAAGAAGAGAGAAAUCUAUUUAAAUGGGAAUUAUAUUUAUAUAUAAAAGGUUGAUCGAUAAACAA